AUGGCGGGCGAUGAACAACCGCAGCCCAAUGAACAGGAUGACAAAAAGAAGGAAAAGAAGAAACACAAAGGAAAGGAUAAAGAAAAGGAUGGGAAGAAGGAAAAGAAGAGAAAACACACUGAAUCUGAUAGGGACGACGGACCAAAACGUCCCAAAGACGAUGCUGAGAAUGUCGAAAUUGUUGAUGUGAAAGCGAAGAUGCCUGCAUUCAUGGCCUUCAAGCCUGUGCAGGUUUUGAGAAAGGCUGGUGCGGAUGCAAAGGCACUCGCAAAGGUAAAAGAAGAGAAGGCCCUUGCGUUUCCAGAGGCAGCUCUGGAGAAGGCUCCGGAGAAGGCUGAAAAGGCUCCAGAGAAGGCUGAAAAGGCUCCGGAGACGGUGCCGAUGGCGGAGCCCAGCAAGGAGGCCCCAAAAGAGAAGACAAAGCAAAAGGAGAAAGCGAAGGAGAAAGGGAAAGAAAAGGACAAGGAGAAGAAAGAGAAAAAACAGAAAGAUGCAGCGGAGCCCAAGGAUCCCGGAAAAGCCUCCAAAGAGCCUCUGAAGAGUGGGGAGGCGAGCCCAACAGGUGGCCCCGGCGCCCGGAAGAAGUUGGACAUUGGGGACGUGGAUGAGUUCCGGAAGCAGCUGGCACAGCAGCGGGACCAGCUGAGACUUUGGAUCAUCAAGGCGAAGCAGGAAUGGGAGGAAAAGCAAUCAGGAGCUGGUCAUCGAGGUGAAACCAAUGAUCAGGAGUACUACAUUGCCUCCAUUGGAGAAACACUUGGUCCCAACCGCGAAUACCUGGCCGAAGCCAGCAUAGGCCGAGGGGUCUUCUCCAGCGUCUUUCGGUGCAAGCACGUGACCCAAAAGACAGACUAUGCUCUGAAGUUCGUGCGAGCCAACAAGAUGAUGCGAAAGGCGGCAGAGAAGGAGGUGGAAACCUAUCGGAAGCUUGCAAAGUUGGCGGCCAAGGAAGAUCAGGAGGGAGCACAAUACAUCAUGUUGCUGUCCCCACCUGAGACUUUCGAACAUCAGGGCCACCUGUGUUUGGUGUUUGACCUGCUGAAGUGCGAUCUCCGAACUGCCCUGUCCAAGUAUGGGCAGGGAAAAGGUCUUCCACUUCAAACGGUGGCACAGUAUGCCAGGCAACUCUUCCUUGCCCUCCGGUGCCUCCGGAAGAUCAAACUCAUACAUGGUGAUUUAAAGCCUGACAAUGUCCUCAUGACACUGGCGAAAACAGAGAUCAAGUUGUGCGACUUCGGAUCUGCGAUGGAUGUGGGCGAGGCAGUGAAAACAGCAUACUUGCAACCUCGCUUUUAUCGAGCACCUGAAGUCAUCCUGGGAACAGGGUAUGACACCCAGAUUGAUCUCUGGAGUGCCGGGGUCACCCUUUUCGAGCUGGCGAGUGGCAAGAUCCUCUUCACUGGGAAGACGAACAACUCCAUGAUCCGCCAGAUGUUAGAGGUGUCCGGUGCCUUUCCCAAGAAGCUGGCGACGUCGGGGGAGUUUGCCGCGAAGCACUUCAACUCCGAAGGUGAGUAUUUGCUGAAGGAUCCCGACUCAAUCACAGGGAUCCGAGAUAUCAUCCCUAUGAAGAAGUAUGAGAAGCCGAGGCAACCUGUGAGUGGCAUGUUGGACAAAGUCUUCAAGAAUCCGCCUCCCAACUCGGAUCCGAAGACGCAGGAGCGGCUCAUGCCGCGCCUGGCCGACUUGGUGCAAAAUCUCCUGAAGCUGGUGCCCGGCGAUCGAUGUACUCCAGAGGCAGCUUUGGCUCAUCCCUUAUUCCAGAAGGACAAAUGA